AUGAAUCCACAGGCCGGGCCUCACCAGGCCAUGGUUUCCCAGGUCUACCAGCCUACCCUUGGCAAGAUUGGUAACCCAGGUCCCCUUGGCCUGCUCGGCUUCGCCUUGACGACCUUUACGCUUGGACUGUAUCAGUGCGGUGCUGGUCUCCCUGGCUCCAAUCCCCUGGGUGACGUCGGCCCUGACCAGGCUGUCUUUGGUGUUGCCGUCUUCUUUGGAGGCAUGGCCCAAUUCGUCGCCGGCGUCAUGGAGUUUGUUCUAGGCAACACCUUUGGUUGCACCCUGCACUGCUCAUACGGGGCCUUUUGGCUUGCCUUUGCCAUGUUCUCCGUCCCCACGCUGGGCAUUCAAGCCGCAUAUCAGGGAGACCAGCGCGCCUUUAGCUUUGCCGUCGGCAUCUUCCUCAUCAUAUGGUGCUUCCUGACCAUCAUCUUCUUCAUCGCGGCGCUCAAAACCAACAUUACCAUUCUGCUGGUCCUGGGUCUGCUCACGCUCUCCUUCUUCUUCCUCAGCAUAGCCCAGUUCGUGUCGACCGAGCACCAUACGGCAGCCAUUCGCCUGAACCGUGCGGGCGGGGCCUUUGCUGUCUUUUGCUCCAUGUGCGCAUUCUACGCCGGCGCGGCGGGCAUCAUGCUCAAGGACACCACCUUUGUUACCUUUCCGCUUGGCGAGAUUCCGUAUCCAUCAGUCAGGCGCGAGAGAGCCGCGGCCAAGGCCAGGGCCAACAAUGUGUAA